AUGGGGCUGCCGACGCUGGAGUUCAGCGAUUCCUACUUGGACAGCCCGGACUUCAGGGAGCGCCUGCAGUGUCACGAGAUCGAGCUGGAGCGAACCAACAAGUUCAUCAAGGAGCUGAUUAAGGACGGCUCCCUGCUCAUCGGGGCGCUGCGGAAUCUGUCUAUGGCAGUACAGAAAUUUUCCCAAUCACUGCAAGACUUCCAAUUUGAAUGUAUUGGUGAUGCUGAAACAGAUGAUGAAAUUAGUAUUGCUCAGUCACUAAAAGAAUUUGCAAGACUACUCAUCACAGUAGAAGAAGAAAGGAGAAGACUGAUUCAAAACGCUAAUGAUGUAUUAAUUGCGCCACUUGAGAAAUUUCGAAAAGAACAGAUAGGCGCAGCAAAAGAUGGGAAGAAGAAGUUUGACAAGGAGAGUGAAAAAUACUAUUCUAUUCUUGAAAAACAUUUAAAUUUGUCUGCAAAGAAAAAGGAGUCUCAUUUGCAAGAGGCAGAUACACAAAUUGACCGAGAACAUCAAAACUUCUACGAAGCAUCGCUAGAAUAUGUCUUUAAAAUUCAAGAAGUUCAAGAAAAAAAGAAGUUUGAAUUUGUCGAACCGCUUCUGUCGUUCCUUCAAGGUUUGUUUACUUUUUACCACGAGGGAUAUGAACUCGCCCAGGAAUUUGCACCAUAUAAACAACAGCUGCAGUUCAACUUGCAGAAUACAAGGAAUAAUUUUGAAAGUACUCGACAAGAGGUGGAGCGGUUGAUGCAAAGGAUGAAAUCUGCCAACCAAGAUUACAGACCGCCCAGCCAGUGGACAAUGGAAGGCUACCUUUACGUCCAGGAGAAACGACCACUUGGUUUUACAUGGAUUAAACAUUAUUGUACAUACGAUAAAGGAAGCAAAACAUUUACAAUGAGUGUUUCAGAAAUGAAAUCCAGUGGGAAAAUGUGUAAAAUAUUUGUUUUUAUUAGGCAUGGGAUCAUCACAUUGCAGGCCUUUUCAGAAGCUAACCGGAAACUCUGGCUCGAAGCCAUGGAUGGGAAAGAACCAAUUUACACCCUGCCUGCCAUUAUGAGCAAGAAAGAAGAAAUGUACUUAAAUGAAGCAGGGUUCAACUUUGUGAGAAAAUGCAUUCAAGCUGUGGAAACAAGAGGCAUCACAAUUUUAGGCCUCUACCGAAUAGGAGGAGUGAACUCCAAAGUUCAGAAACUCAUGAACACCACAUUUUCUCCCAAAUCCCCUCCUGAUAUGGACAUUGAUAUUGAACUAUGGGAUAAUAAGACAAUAACAAGUGGACUGAAAAACUACCUCAGGUGCCUUGCAGAACCACUAAUGACCUACAAGUUGCACAAAGAUUUUAUUCUUGCUGUUAAAUCUGAUGACCAAAACUACCGGGUGGAGGCUGUACAUGCACUGGUACACAAAUUACCAGAGAAAAACCGAGAGAUGCUGGACAUCUUAAUAAAGCACCUGGUCAAAGUAUCACUACAUAGCCAACAAAAUCUCAUGACUGUCUCAAACCUCGGUGUCAUAUUUGGCCCAACUCUCAUGAGAGCACAGGAAGAAACUGUGGCUGCUAUGAUGAAUAUUAAGUUUCAGAAUAUUGUGGUUGAGAUUCUGAUAGAGCACUAUGAAAAGAUUUUUCACACCGCCCCAGACCCAAGCAUCCCUCUUCCUCAGCCUCAGUCGCGGUCUGGAUCCCGAAGGACACGAGCAAUCUGCCUCUCCACAGGCUCCCGGAAGCCCAGAGGGAGGUACACUCCGUGCUUGGCAGAACCUGACAGCGACUCCUAUAGCAGCAGCCCAGCCAGCACACCCAUGGGGAGCAUUGAGUCCCUCUCCUCUCACUCCUCUGAACAAAACAGCACGACAAAGUCCACCUCCUGCCAGCCCAGGGAGAAGUCCGGAGGGAUUCCCUGGAUUGCAUCCCCGUCACCGUCCAAUGGACAGAAAAGUCUUGGUCUCUGGACAACUAGUCCUGAAUCCAGUUCUAGAGAAGAUGCAACCAAAACGGAUGCAGAGUCAGAUUGCCAGAGCGUGGCCUCCGUCACCAGCCCAGGGGACGUUUCCCCACGCAGAGACCUGGCCAAGAAAGGGUCUCAUGGGACUUCAGGACAGAAAAGAGCCUCAGCUACCUUCCUCAGGUCCCUCGCUGCCGCUGAAGGAAACAAGAGCUAUAGCGGUUCCACUCAAAGCUUAACUUCCAUAGGUUCCAAAGAGACGCCUAAAGCCCCACCAAACCCAGACCUGCCUCCAAAAAUGUGCAGGAGGUUAAGGCUAGACACGGCCUCGAGCAACGGCUACCAGCGACCGGGCUCCAUUGUGGCAGCGAAAGCCCAACUGUUUGAAAAUGUUGGUUCAGUUAAGCCAGUUUCUUCUGGGCGCCAAGCCAAAGCCAUGUACUCCUGUCAAGCAGAGCACAGCCACGAGCUCUCCUUCCCACAGGGGGCGCUCUUUUCUAAUGUGUACCCAUCAGUGGAACCAGGAUGGUUGAAGGCAACUUAUGAAGGCAAAACAGGACUAGUCCCAGAAAAUUAUGUUGUCUUCCUCUAAUACUAUUUAGUGGAUGGCAGUAUCUUCAUGGUAUCCAUGGUAACAAGUAAUACGUGCUAUGAUUUUAUCUGACACAGAUAUGGCAAUCAGCCCACUAAAUGAAAACAGACAAUUUCUAUCAAGUCCUACACCAGCAGACUAUGUAGCUCCCUAUUAAUGGAAAAGGAAAAAAAAACGUUUAAAUUGUUUGCCAUUCUUUUUAUUAUUUUUUUUUACCCGUUUCUUGUCUUAAAAUAUCUUUCUUUUUGAUAAGUAAGUUUCCACAAUGACUCCAUAACAAUUGAGAAUCUCAAAUACUGUAUAAGCACUAUAUCCCAGAAAUUUGAAAACUAGAAAUUUGAUAUAAGGAUUUGGGGAUCUGCCCUUCACUGUCUGGUAUUCUCUGAGAAACCUUGAAAUCGUUACUUAAAAAUGUAAUGUAAACUGUUCUUUUAUGAUUUUUUUCUUUAAAAAAUAUACUGCUUUUAUAUAUGAUUGUUUUGCUGGUCCUAAGCAUUUCAAGGAAAUAAGUUUUUUUUUUCAUGUAACUUUAUUUUUGUUUACCAAGGAAGAUGAUAAUACUCAAAAGCAAUGAUGUAUAUAAUGCCUGUAAAUGAAGCCAAAAUAAGUCAUACACUGAGUCCACUGGAAACACUCCAUCCCGCAUCCAGACGCCUUCCAUAGGCUUUGAGUAGGGACCAGCGAACUAUUUCUGUGAAGGCCUGAUAGUGAAUAUCGUGUCUUUUGCAAGCCCUAUAGUCUCCAUCACAAUACGUAACUGCCAUCAUAGCAGAAAGCAGCCAUAGACAAUAAGGAAACAGAUCGGGGAAGCUGUGAGCCAACACAACUUUAUAUAUGGACCCACCCUGAAACUUGAAGAUCACAUAAUUAUCUUGACACAAAAUAGUCCUCUUUGACCAUUUUCAGCUGCUGGAUCAUACAAAAACAGGCAGCAGGUCCAAUGUGACUCAUGGAUCGUGGUUUGCUGAGCCCUGGUUUAGAGGAUGUGUAAAACUACCUUUAUUACUUAGGGAUUUCUAUGAAAUUUUACUACAUUACAUACAAAUACUGAUAAAUUAAAUGCACAUAGUAGCAUCAUAAUAGCAUCACAAAAGCAUAAUUACCGUCCGUGUGAGGAAAACAAUGUAAAAGUGUAGGUGUACAACUUAAAUUCUACUUGUAACAUUAAAGUGUCAAAGAAUUCUGUUGAUACCUAAUUUUGGCUGAUGAGAAAUUCUCUCAUCAAAUGAUCAAGAAAUUUUUAAGAUACUAGUAGAGAAGCUAUGCCUUCUAAAGUCUGCUUAGUUGAAACAACGUAAGCAUAAAGGUACAGGACUCUUAAAUUAUUUUGAACCACAACAUUUUUAAAGGUUUUAUCAUUUUUAGCAGGAAUAAAAUGUGUACAUGAUUUUUUAAAAUGCCAUUCAAUUUACAGUCUUUAUUAGGAAUUUCACUGAAUUUAUAGAGCAUAGAAAUUUACUACCCAUUUAUAUAUGCCGUCAACAGCUGGUCACGCAUUUCUGUUAUUUCAAUAAUUCUAUUUCAGUAAUUCUAAUAUAUUAUUUCUAUAAAUAUUUGCAUGUGGCAAAGAGCCUUUCUUCUCAAGAUUUCAAAAAGCUGUUUACCUGUCAUUUAACUGCCACAGCGCAGGCCCACUGGGCUAUAUUUUACUUGUUACUUCAGAGUUCUCCACUGUACAGGCACUCAGGUAUUGACUGUAUAAAACUCUUUUUAUGUGAUAUUAUAAUCUGUAAUCUCAGUCUCUUCUACUUUAAAUUAAUGUCUCCAGAGUUAAUAGAAUAUACACUCACAUAUGCAUGUACACACUAUGCCUUGGAGCGUUUAUGCUUUUAAAAUUAAAAAUGGAAACAUAGAGUAGAAUUUAAAAAAUAAAGAGAAUAACAGUAGGUGGGGUCACAACCAGAAAUAAAUAUCAGUGCAUUGGAAUGAAAAACUAUUUAAUGUUAUAAAAAUUAGUAAUAUAAUGAAAAAAUCUGA